GAAACUGCAAAGUUUUGGAAAAUCCAAAACGGCGAAAAGUGUGCGACUUCACGAGUCCAUUUUUGAUGACGUGUAAAGAACGCGACACGCAUGCGUGUUAUUCCAUCAUGGCAACAGUGCAAGUUAGCGAGGCAGAAAAGGUCUACAUUUUACAUGGUAUACGGGAUGACUUACGAGUGGACGGAAGAGGCUGUGAGGAUUACAGACACAUGGAGAUUGAAACUGAUGUGGUGUCCAAUACAGACGGCUCGGCUAAAGUUUCUCUGGGGCACACAGCAGUUCUAGUAGGAAUCAAGGCUGAAAUUGGUAAACCCCGGCCUAUGGCUCCAAAUGAAGGCUAUUUAGAGUUCUUUGCUGACUGUUCAGCCAACGCGACCCCGGAGUUUGAGGGCCGGGGUGGAGAGGAACUCGGGAUGGAGCUGAGCAACACUUUGUACAAAGUCUUCAACAACAAGCGCAGUGUUGAUCUGAACAGCCUGUGCAUCAGUGAAGGAGAACACUGCUGGGUACUCUAUGUGGAUGUACUGCUCCUGCAGUGUGACGGAAACCUGUACGAUGCAAUCUCCGUAGCGAUCAAGGCAGCUCUCUACAGCACAAAGAUUCCCAAAGUGCAUAUAUCAUGUGAUGAAGAAGGCGGGAAGGAGAUCGAGCUGUCUGAUGACCCUUAUGACUGCAUGAGGCUCAAUGUGGAGAAUGUUCCGUGUAUAGUGACUCUGUGCAAGGUGGGCCACAGGCACGUGGUGGACGCCACUCUGCAGGAGAAGGCGUGCUCUGUGGCGAGCCUGAUCAUCUCCGUCACAAACAAGGGAACAGUCACCUGCGUGAGGAAGAUGGGAGGAGGCAGCCUGGACCCCGAGAGCAUCUUUGAAAUGACAGAAACAGGUAAACGUGUCGGCAAGGCCCUUCACACGCCGCUCAUGAAGCUGCUGCAGCAAGAGGAAAGUUUGGGAGCAAAGCGACACAAAGUGGGCUUCCUCGGUUAGGAUUGUCAUUCAAUGUCUUUUCUACUCAAAUGUUUUUGUACUUAUAUUUUUUUUUGUACCAUAUGUUAUAACAGAAAUGGAAAAAAACAUGUCUCACUAAAGAAUAUCAUGUUUUAUAGUUCUUUUGUCAUUUUGAAGCCUAUUCCUAUUAAAACGUGAAAAACUAU